UCUCACGGAAUACCGGGCCUCCUCCCACCGGGAGGCGGAUAUUUGUGGGAGUUAGUCCUCCGUGACCUGGAUCUCGGCGACUUUCCAACAUGAGGCCGACCUCCGAAGCUGGUCCUGAAGCACCUCCGGGUCUCUGCGAGAACGGCCUGGUCCAGAUCCUGGCCAACGUGGUGGAGGAGGUGAGGGUCUCGGUUCGCCGCGACAUCAGCGGGGCCGACCUGCUCUACAGCCUGCUGAACGCGCCCUGGCUCCAGUCUCUGCUCAAGGUGUACGAGUGUCUGCAGCAGUACAUCAGAGACAGCCCCAGGCCCUUCCUGCCUUUCGCCUCUGGAAUCUCACAGGAGGUGAUGGCCGAACUACGCGCUGUCCCGUCCCCUUCCCCCGCCGCCCGGGAACUCUACGCACUGCUGAGGGAUUCCCACUUACAGGCUCUCCUGUCAGCCCAUGACACCGUGGCCCAGAAGGACUACGACCCGACGCUGCCACCCCUCCCCGACAACCUGCCUGACAACGAGGAGGCCAUGAGGAUCGUGUGCCUGGUCAAGAACAAGCAACCGCUGGGAGCGACGAUAAGAAGAAACGAUGUGACUGGCGAGAUCUUCAUAGCGAGGGUGAUACACGGAGGGCUGGCGGAUCGCAGCGGGUUGCUGUAUGCAGGGGACAGGCUGGUAGAGGUGAACGGUCUCUCUGUGGAGGGGCUGGAGCCAGAACAGAUCAUACAGAUCCUGGCACGCUCCCACGGGACCAUCAUGUUUAAAGUGGUUCCCAUCUCAGACCGGCCAGUGAACAGCCAGACCACGCUGUACGUGAGGGCGAUGGCGGACUACUGCCCCCAGCAGGACCCCGCCAUCCCCUGCGCCGAGGCGGGGAUGAGCUUCCGCAAGGGCGACGUGCUGGAGGUGGUGGACCAGACCGACGCCCUCUGGUGGCAGGCCAGGAAACUGCCCAGCACGUCCGGCUGUGCCGGCCUCAUUCCCUCCACCAGUCUCCUGAAGAGGAAACAGAGGGAGUUUUGGUGGUCGCAACCUUCCCAAUCUCAUACCUGCAUCAACAUCUUGAGCACUGUGGAUGAAGAAGAAGAUAUGAUGGCCAUUGAUGAAAAGUGUGUCGAAACAGAUGAAGAAACUUUUGAAUCUGAAGAGGAUGAGUUCAGCAGCAACGUCGAGGGCAUCUAUCUCGCGGGAUUUCGGCGCAGUCUGAGACUGUGUCGGAGGAGGUCCCACACCAGCGUACACCAGCAGCCCUGCUACUCCCACUGCCCCAGGACCUGCUACAGCGCCCUGGCCAAUCCCUACGAGGAGGUGGUGCGCUACCAGCGCCACCCGGAGGACACAUACCGCCUCAUCGCCCUCGUGGGCCCGUCCGGUGUAGGAGUGAAUGAACUUCGUAGAAGGCUCAUCGAAAUCAACCCCAAGACCUUCUCUGGGGCAGUGCCACACACGACACGGACACAGAAAAGCUAUGAGGAGUCUGGGAGAGAGUAUCACUUCAUCAACAAAGAGCUGUUCGAGAAUAUGGUGUACAACCACAGGUUUGUGGAGUACGGAGAGCACAGGGGCAGCAUGUACGGCACCAGCAUCGACGCCGUCAAGGAGGUCCUGGACGGCGGGAAGAUCUGCGUGAUCGACGUCGAGCCGCACGCCAUUCAGUCAGUGAGGACGCAGAAGCUCAAGGCCUACGUCGUCUUCGUGAAGCCGCCCAGCGCCGCUCACAUGAGGCAGACCAGGAGGAACGCUCAGCUCAUCACCGAGUACUACGUCAACCGGCCCUUCAAAGAGGAAGACUUCCAGGAGAUGGAGGACGCGGCGAGGAAGAUGGAGCACCAGUACUGCCAGUUCUUCGAUCACGUGAUGGUGAACGACGGGCUGCAGGACGCGUGCGUGCAGCUGCUCACCGCCAUUCGCCGGGCGCAGGACCAACCCCAGUGGGUCCCCGCCUGCUGGCUCCGCCCCUCUGACACGCCCUGAGUCAGAGAGAGAGAGAGUAAGAGA